AUGCAACGCUCACAGUCAGCAGUGGAUUUUUCCAACCUGCUGAAUCCGGAAACCACGACGACGACAACCCCGCAAAGGGAAACAAAUUAUCCUGCUGGAAAUCAGACAGACCAGGACGGAGACGUCGAUAUGGCUACUGUCACUGUAAUCCGGCCAAAUGGCCCUCUACCAGGGGGUCAGCCCGCCGAGAAUCCCAGCGAACUCCCGCGCCCGUACAAAUGCCCCCUGUGCGAUAAGGCUUUCCACCGUCUAGAACACCAAACGAGGCAUAUCAGGACGCACACGGGCGAGAAGCCCCAUGCCUGCCAGUUCCCAGGCUGCAGUAAAAAGUUCUCGCGGUCGGACGAGCUCACCCGCCACUCGAGGAUACAUAACAACCCCAACUCAAGGAGAGGAAACAAAAAUCCCCAGGGGUCGCAUCACUCCAUGGGCGGCUCCCUCACCCCGGAGUCCAUGAUGCCGCCGCCCUCGGGACCACGCUCCAUUAAGUCGGCACCCAACUCGACACUGGGUUCGCCCAACGUCUCGCCACCCCACUCUUACUCGACAUAUGGGCUCCCGGCAUCUUCGCUUCACCACUAUUCACGGGGAAUGAACGGUUGCAGCCCCUUGACCAACCAAGGCAUGGAUAUCGGCAUGCUGGCGAGCGCUGCAAACCAAGUUGAGCGAGAAAAUAUGUCCGGCCAUCAUCACCAUACGUCGAGGCAUCACCCCUAUUACUCGCACAGCGUCCACGCUUCUCGAGGCUACCUCCCUUCUCUUUCCGCCUACCACAUGUCUCGAUCGCAUUCAAACGAGGAGCAUCAUGAUGAUCACUAUUCCCACGCGCCUAGGCACGCGAAAAGGUCAAGACCCAAUUCCCCCAACUCCACGGCCCCCUCAUCGCCCACCUUCUCCCACGAUUCGCUAUCACCCACUCCGGAUCACACGCCUUUAGCAACGCCCGCUCACUCGCCUCGGUUACGUCCUUAUGCUGGAGUUGAACUGCCCACUUUACGAAACUUGACCCUAGGCCACACUCCAGCUCUGGCUCCUAUGGAGCCGCAGAGCUUCGAGGCUAACCACUAUCAGCAAACUCAGCAAAGCGGCACUUCGACUCCCCAACGCACUGGCAUGUCGCUGGCAGAUAUCAUAAGCCGGCCAGAUGGCAGCAGGAAGCUUCCCGUUCCUCAGGUGCCCAAGGUUGCCGUUCACGAUCUGCUGGCGCCCAAUGAUGGCUUCAACCAUAGUGGCCGGAGUUCAGCAAGUGGCAGUCUGUCCGGUGGCGAUCUCAUGGAUCGGACGUAG